AUGGAUGCCACUGCUAUGCCCACCUUUUAUCGCAGAAUAUAUCCGUACAAAUCCAUCUUUCUGUGGCUGAACCACGAACACAAUCCCACCAAGCUUUUCACGCAUCGUGAAUUUGCGUUCACCUUGCCGGGCGAUGUGUACCUUCGCUACCAGUCCUUUGCAAACGCAGAAGAGUUCAAGAAACAGCUAUGCUCUAUGACACCGACGCGCUUCGAGAUCGGACCUGUCUACAGUGGCAGGCCCAGAGACAGGAAGACUCUACGGCCUAGCGCAUUUGUCCCCGUGCAACGCGAACUCGUCUUUGAUAUAGAUAUGACGGACUACGACAACAUUCGGACAUGUUGCUCUGGCGCUGCGAUAUGCAAGCGCUGUUGGGGCUUCAUCGCUGCCGCAGUCAAGGUCCUCGACAAAGCUAUCAGAGAUCAAUUCGGCUACCAGCACCUUCUCUGGGUGUACUCAGGUCGUCGAGGUAUUCAUUUAUGGAUAUCAGACCAAGAGGCUGUCGAUUUGACGGACGAUCAAAGAAAGGCAAUCGUAAAUUACCUCACAGUCGUCGCCACGUCGAAGGAGGCUAGUAAACACCUCAAUGUGAGGUCUAACGGUGCCCUUCCAUCUUUGCUAAGCAAUGCCCUCCUUGACUUGGGCACUAUUUUCGAUUCUUUGAUUCUCAAGGAUCAAGAUCUAUUUGCGGGGGAACAGGCAUGGUUGGCACUUCUCGAACUACUUCCGCAAUCAAUGAGGGGGACCCUUGAAGCCAAAUGGUCGUCCGGAGAAAAGAACUCCUCUGCAAAAUGGGACGACGUGAAAGGAGUGAUUAAUGGCUUGAAGUCGCAAUCUCCUGCGGCUUUCAAUACAGCAUUGGCUGCUAUGGAAGAUAUAGUAAUUAGUUAUACGUAUCCACGCCUUGAUGCAGAGGUCUCUAAGCAUCGGAACCAUUUGCUCAAGGCUCCUUUCUGCGUCCAUCCUGGUACAGGCAGAGUCUGCGUGCCAGUCGACCCCAGCGAGGUGGACAUGUUCGACCCUGCUGCGGUCCCAACGAUUGGCCAGCUCUUACAGGAAUUAGAUACGAUACGUGAGGGAUCGUCUGAACUUCCUCAGGAACAUCACAACGACUGGGAGAAAACAUCACUCAAACCAUACGUCGACAUGCUGGACAAACAUUGUUUACGCCUGGUGGAAGAAGCCCGACACGCUCGGCGCGGGGCCCCAGGCAAGUAUUUGACCGUGCUUUUCGGGCGACCUUACUGA